UGCAACUUUCUGAAAAGAUCUUAUCUGACAUAGAUUUUCUCUUAAAAAAUUCCUUCCUAAUAAUCAUUCAAUGAGAUGAGUAGUUAAAAAUCUAAAUAUUGGUUUCAUUCUGUACUCUGAAGUAAGCAUUAUUAGGUCCCUCCCUCUGCCUUCCCCCACAUAAUACAUCCUGGGGAAAGCUGUCCUUUUAUUGGUUGAAUAUGCUAUCAGUUACAAAGCAUGAAAAGUACUGCUUCUGCUCUGUUUGCAUUAUGAAUUAACAGAUGUGCUUGGUUUGAAGAAACUGAUUCAUUCCUUGAUGGGAAGAAAAAUCUUGUUUAGUUUUUCACUUCUUUUUCUAUGUAUGGGAUUUUCACUAACUUUGGACCAGAUAUUUACCAGGAAGAAUGUAAGUUCUCAAACAUCUUCAAAUAAAGAAGUGGUUAUAAAGAAAGGUCAACAGAAUAAUGGAGAUAUGAAACCAAUCCAGAAUUUCACAACAAUACCAAUCAUGAAGGCUUUUAAAAAUCUGAGCCAAGAGGGACAUUUAGAAAAAGAACAUGGGAAUGCCUUCAGCCAUCAUAACCCUGUUAAUGUCUCCGUUGAUGGAAUUUCCUGCAUUCUCUUCUGGGCCAAAAGAAUAACAAUUAAAUUUAAGAAUCUGACCUGGCUGGACCUUACAGAUGAAACAUUUGAUCAAAAGGCAGUAGUGGAUACUGGCAACUCAAACUGCAGUGAGGAAAGUGCCACGUUGUCUCUGAAGUUUGGUGAUGCUGAAAAUCUACAAAGCUUUUAUAUGAGAUUCUUCCUUACCACUUACAACAAAUUGUCCAGCCAGAGUUGGUUUACUUUGCACAGAGUUGAGAUUAUUUUCAACAAUUCAGUUCAAGCAACUUUUAAUGUAACUGGCAUCUAUGCUCCAUCAAGUUAUUCCUACCACUGCCAACGUGUCAGCAGCCUGCAGCAGCAUGAUGCUCUCUUGUUGCCCAGUGACACAGAUGACAUGUCAAGCUUGUGGGAAGUCACCUUCAUUGAUUUUCAGAUCCAAGGCUUUACCACUGAAGGGCAGCAGUUUGCCAAGGCCCGGGACUGCACCUCUUCCUUCUCUCCAGCUGUUUUGAUUGGCCUGGCCAUGUCCCUGAUCCUGCUGCUGGUGCUGGCCUAUGCCCUGCAUAUGCUCAUCUACUUGCGCUAUCUGGACCGGCACUAUGAAUUUAUCACCUCUCCUACUCAUUUCCCACCGUUGAAAACUCGAGACCUGGCAGAGGAGAAGGAACUGCUCAGGAGCCAGGGAGUUGAAUGUUAUGAACUGAGGAGCCAACAGAUCUGCAAGAUUUAUGUUUAACAAGCAUGGGCCUCUCUCCUCUCUCUUUCUCACCAUGUCCACAAUGGCUCUUAAAGAUGUGGUUUCUCUUCUGUGUUGUUUCACUUGUGAAUGGCUUGAUUAAAAAAAAUACAAAAAAGAAAAUACACAAUUUUUGGUUUUGAAACAUCCACUGAUUAGUUAGAUAAACUUUGGACAAUGAAAAAGUAUCCCACACAUCCCACAGAGAUAAAUACAAUGGUUGCCCCAAACCUACCGUGAAAGUGAAGGGAUGUUUCAGGUUUGGAAAAUGGGUAUGUGUGUGUGGAUGAUGAGCAUAAUGCAACAUAGACAAAGGAACACACUUGUUCCCUGGGUCCUCCUUGCUUGUGCCAAUUUAGAUGUGGUAAGAAUAGAAAUA